AACUUUAAUAAUCCACCCGUCACUUCUCACAUCGACCUUAAAGAGGAUUAUUGCAGGCCUCCUUUCCAGGAGAUAAGUUCCCCCAUAAACUCAUCCCGGUUUUUAAUGUCAUUUGCCCUGAGUUUUAGCUCCUGCACCAAAGACAGCAAAAGCUGCUCCUGGGUAAUAUUUGGCCCAGAGAAGUUUGAGUUGGCUCAUGUGGUAUUUUGAGGGGAAAAACAUUUUUUUUAAUUGGGUGCCAACUUAAAAACACACGCAAAAAUUAAAUGUUUGGCUUGUCUUAAAAAAUUGGGCAACAGUGGACCCCCAUAUUCCUGUUUGCCAAUAGUCAGGUGGAAAGAAGUGAUUUCAGAGGAGGCGUGCGGCCCAGGCUCCCGCCGAUCCACCCAGCCCAUUCCAUGCUCUCAGCGGCCUGGCCCGUGUGAGUGUCCGCAGCGUGGGGCUCGCAUCCAUCACUGGGUGGGGCUGCUCUGUUGAGGAGGAGGGGACAGCUUGACCCAGAAUGGAAGAGUCUCCCAAAAUUCAUCCCCAAGAAUCCAAAAUCUACCCGUGCCUAUAGCCCUAGUGUAGGUUGAUAAGAGACAAAACAAGAAGGAGCUUUUUCUAUGGUGAUUUCCAGACUUUCAGCCACUCCCGCUGGGCAGUCUGGCUGAUGUGGGCUCUCGCGGAGGGGUGGCUCGCCCGCUCCAGACGUGUGAGCGCGCACGCGUCUCUUAACCUCUCUGUGCCUCGGUUUCCUCGCCUGUAAAGUGAUGGUGACAGUGGGCUAGAGUGGAGGGUUACAGUGUUCAGUCACCUGCCACCUCCUCGUGCUCGACAGGUGCUUGCCCUGACACAGGUCCAGCGGUGCAGAGUCCACCACAUAGGUGCCUACUGAGGGCAGUGGACACAACUGAAACCCAACAUUGAAAACACCAAGUUCAAAGCCUGGCACAGGGCAGACAUUCAAAUGCCCAUUGAAUCUCAGCUCACGUUCAUGGCGACUUCCUCGGACCGGUUCCCCUUGGCUGCUUCUUAUACUGACCGAAACUUUAGGGUGACAGCCUAGAGCGGAGAGGGCUGCGAGGUGGCUUUUGUUCCUGGGACAGGUACUUGUGAGCACAUAACCACUCCAUUUGGCCUUUCAUUUUGUAAAUGACCAUUCUGGGAUGUUCUGGAUGGAUAUGUUAGUCUAGCUAGGUUAAGCCAUGUCUACUCUGGUCUCUGACGACAUAAAAUCCAUGUGUUUCAAUGUGCUUUCGUCGUGUAACCAACCACUCCAAAACUUUGUGGCUUAAAACAGCAGCAUUUAUUAAACUCAGGUUCCCUGCAGGUUGGCAGUCGGGCCUGAGCUCACCCGGGCUGUUCUUCUGGCCUGGGCCUGGCUCCCCGAAACUUGGCUGGACUCUCGUGCAUCUGUGGACAACCAGUGGGUCGACCGGAGCUGGCUGGUGUCUGGCGGCUUGGUCCAGGAUGCCUGAGAUGAUGGGGACCCCAUCCUCACAGGGUCUCCCACCGCCCAGCAGGAGCCUGAUGCCCAGGACCCUGGAGAGCCAGAUCACGCUGGAGAAGACGCCCAGCUACUUCGUCACGCAGGACGCCCCGCGCCGGAUCUUCAACAUGUCCCGCGACACCAAGCUGAUCGUGGUGGUGCGCGACCCGGUGACGCGCGCCAUCUCCGACUACACGCAGACGCUGUCCAAGAAGCCGGACAUCCCCACCUUCGAGGUGCUGACCUUCCGGAACCGCACGCAGGGGCUGGUGGACGCGUCGUGGGGCGCCAUCCGCAUCGGCCUGUACGCGCUGCACCUGCAGAGCUGGCUGCGCUACUUCCCGCUCGCGCAGAUCCACUUCGUGAGCGGCGAGCGGCUCAUCGUGGACCCCGCGGGCGAGAUGGGGCGGGUGCAGGACUUCCUGGGCGUCCGCAGGUUCCUCACGGACAAGCACUUCUACUUCAACAAGACCAAAGGCUUCCCCUGCUUGAGAAAGACGGAGUCCAGCCUGCUGCCGCGGUGCCUGGGCAAAUCGAAGGGCAGAACUCACGUGCAGAUCGAUCCCGAGGUGAUCGACCAGCUCCGGGAAUUUUACAGACCUUAUAAUAUCAAGUUUUAUGAAACGGUCGGGCAGGACUUCAGGUGGGAGUGAGCCGCUGCGCGGCCGAGGCGCUGGUGUCUCCCGGCGCUUUGUUCUCAGAGCCUCGGGUCCCCGACCCCCCAUCCACACACACACACCACCCUCCAGCAAACCCAGGCUCCGCCCCCUUCCCCAUCUUGGGCUCCGUCACCCUGGAACCAGGAAGCCCACCAGCCAAGGCCAAGAGACCAGGGGGCCCUGCCACUGGCUGUCCCCAGUCUGCCCAGGCAAAGUCAUCUGCGACUGGCGCGUCCAGUCAACCGGAAUCGUGACCCUCCAGCCUGGAAGAGGCUUUGGGAAACCGUUUUAAGGAGAGUGGGUCUUCCCAUUAUGAUGUGGUGAUGGCUCUGGGCGACGAACACAGCAGUCUGUCCCUGUCACUGCCCAACCCAGGGCGGGCUUGUUAAUCCUGAGUGGCAUGUACCUCCCCUCUGAGCUUAGCUCCCCGGGCCACCCGCCCUGGGCCGCUCAUCAGGAGAGCAGAGCAGGAAGCACCAGCCACUCCUAGGAGUGAGGGAGUAAACCCGAGCUUUCAGCGCUGUGGUCUCCGCUCUGCCUGACGGUGACUGUCUGAAAGCUACCUGGUGACCCCUCCCCCAGGGACAAAAGCACAUAAUUCUGUGGUUACGGGUACUUGCCUCACGAGCUUUCAUGUUCAGCAUGCGAUGCAAUCAUGCUUGUCCGUGUGAAAUAAAUAUGGCUUUCUCGUGUCCCUACCGCUGGGCUUUUCUCUGUAAGUCAGGCCUAGAGCACCUGGCUCAUCAUUCAGCAUCUCCAAGCACCCACGAUGGGGCUGGUGCUGGGGAUGGUCAGGCGGGCAGUGGGGGUGCGGAUCGCCUGGGAGGGGUGCAAAGACUACAUGGGUGAGAAGCAAGCGGGUCGGAGAUGGGAAAAGAGGUUUCUGCUGGCGGACCCUGGGUCCAGUAUAUUAAUAUCUGAGAAGUGGAAACUAUUGUUGAAAUUGAGCACAAAUCUUGGGUGUUCUGUUUGUGGCAAAAAGGAAGCAGAGAGGGGUAAGGACUUUGAGCCAAGCGUGCUCUGGGAAAUUAAACUGACAUUUGGACUGCAGAGUUGCUGCACAGAUCGACAUAAAAUUCCAGAUCAAAGUUAAAUCAAGAGAAAUAUGGAAUCGUGUCGAGACACAUGUGUGAUAAAUGUUCCAAGUGCACUGAGUUCAAACACAGCUCUGAGUUUCCUAAGAGGCAAAGUAAAGAGGAACACCAGUGGGUGGUGGGCCUCACGUGAUCUGAUGAUGUGAGCUCAGAUGAAAAGGGAAGAGAGAGAAGAGACAGAGACCCAAUGUCCUGAGGGAGACAUUUGUGUAAGAACUACUGGUCAACAGAAUGAAUUCUUGAUAAUGAUUUUUACAGGAAAUCCUGGGGCAGUCCGAGCCAGUGUUUCUUACAUAAAAAAUAGCGAUGAACAUGAAAUGGGAAGAAUACGGAACAAUGGGUCUACCGAGAGGAGUCUAUAGGGAUCAAGGUGGGACCGUGCAGAAUCGCAAAUCAUGGCUGCCCGCACUGACAGAGGGACGAAGCCUGGAGAAUUCUGAGAGGGAAUAACAAUCUGACCUUUCCCAGAACAGCCGCCAUUUGAAUCUGGCGUUAGCUGCAGGCAAAUGGUUCACUGCUGAUGUCACUAGUGAGCGUCUGAAAGACAAGUUUCCUAUGACUUCAAGUAAAAGAAGACCUUCUAAUAAAGAAAUUGGGCAAAUAGUGAUCCAAAAUGAUAACUCCUAACGAAAACUAAAAGUUUGCCUGCUGUAAAAAGAGGAGGCUUCCUGGAGUAACUACUGUUAGAGCCGAGAGGUGGGUCUCCCAAAAUGGUCCUUGGUUAAUUAAAAAAUUCAACACAUGCCCCCACUGAAUCUCCAAAAGAUUGUCCUCACUCUAGCCUAGAAGAUUCUGACAUUAAAAAGCUCCAAGAGGGCUGGCCGAGUGGCUCAGUUGUUUAAGAGCUCGCUCACGAGUGCGAGCUCUGAGCAGCAGGGUUGCCGGU